AUGAUUGCAGCUCAUUUCAAAGACAAACAAGACAGUCAAACAAGCAUUGGAGCCUAUAGUGUAGCUUUUAAAUUUGUGAAGGAUUAUAUUGUACAAAUUGGUCGCUUAGACGUUGAAUUUUCUCCCUUGUUCAAUUUCGAGGAUCGCCUGACUCCAUUUGUCACAGAGUUGGAGGAGAUUGACCUGCUAAAGGAAGGUCCUAUUUCGGAACUAGUGCUUGGAUACAUCUAUAAGUGGAAGAAUUCACAGAAUAGGAAAUUCUUCAGAGCUAGACAAAAGCACUUGGUCCACACCAGUGUGCUUCAAAAAAUCAUUGCCAAAGUUGCUAAGCCUAUUGCAUCAGAACAAAUCAAGGAAUAG